AUGGUGAAUUGGAAGAUGCCCAUUCUGCCCAAUUUCAGAAUGGCAGAUAUCAGCAAAACCCAGUUUUUAGCACUUAUCAUUUUAUUUCUGUUUCUGUUACACCUCAAUAGUAAUGCUUCUGCAGGUGUAUUUGAAGAAUCAGAUAAAAAGCUUCAUAUAAUAUAUAUGGGUGACAUUCCAUCUGAUGUUGAAGGAGAUUUCCACACAGUAGCUGCUUCAUCUCACAUUGAUAUGCUCCAAUAUGUUCUUGGAAGCUAUGAAGAAGCACAAGAGUGUUGGACACAUAGUUAUGGAAAGAGCUUUAAUGGAUUUGCAGCAUGGCUUAAUCCAUCUGAAGUAGAAGAGAUUUCAGGGAUUGAGGGGGUUCUCUCUGUAUUUGAAAACAAAGAAAAUACUAUUUUCACAACGAGAUCGUGGGAUUUCUUAGGCUUUCCUCAGAAUAUCAAUAGAAAUUUGUCCUACGAAAGCGAUGUUAUUGUUGGACUUCUGGACACAGGAAUAUGGCCGGAGUCAGAAAGCUUUGGUGAUAAUGGAUUUGGUCCAGUUCCAUCCAAAUGGAAAGGAAAAUGUCAAACUACAUCAGAUUUUAAGGCCUGCAACAAAAAAAUUAUUGGAGCAAGCUUCUACAACAAAGGGUUGGCAGGUGAUCCAGCUCAAGAUUUCUUGUCACCAAGAGAUGGUCAUGGUCAUGGAUCACACACAUCAUCUACAGCAGCUGGGAAUGUUGUGAAAAAUGCAAGCCUUCUUGGAGUGGGGCAAGGAGAUGCCCGUGGAGGAGUACCUGGUGCAAGGAUUGCUAUGUAUAAGGUCUGUUGGGCGCCUGAAGGGACAUGCCAGGAUGUAGAUAUUCUUGCUGCAUUUGAUGAUGCCAUCCAUGAUGGUGUGGAUAUAAUUUCUAUUUCAGUUGGAAAAGCACGCUAUAUCUUGGAAUACUUUGAAGAUGCAAUUGCAAUUGGAUCAUUUCAUGCCAUGAAAAGGGGGAUUUUGGUAUCGGCUUCUGCAGGAAAUGCUGGACCUCAUCUACAAAACGUUUGUAACUAUAAUCCAUGGACUCUCACUGUGGCUGCCAGCACAACUGAUCGGCAAUUCAUCACCCCACUUGUUCUGGGGAACAAUAUGACUUUGCAGGGAACAGAUAUAAACACAUUUUCCAUGGAAGAGCAAUGGUAUCCUUUAAUAUAUGCCGGGAAUGCCCCCAAUAUUUCUGGGGGUCACUCUUCAGAGGAGGCAAGACAAUGUUAUCCAGAUUCUUUGGAUCCCGAAAAAGUGAAAGGAAAGAUAGUGCUUUGUGACGAAACAGAUGAUACUUCAGCAGUGGUCUCAGCUGGAGGUGCUGGUGUCAUACUUACUUCGGAUUUCAUUGAGGCAAACACUGAUAAAGCAGGAAAGUAUCUUCUUCCUGCAACAAUGUUACCAAGUGCAGAAACAAACAAGAUAAAGUCCUACAUCAACUCCACAAGCUCGCCUCUUGCAAAAAUAUUGAGAACCGUUACUCCCAAUGGUGCAGUUGCACCCAUAGUUGCUCAUUUCUCAUCCAGAGGUCCAAGUCCAGUUAUAAAAAGUUUGCUCAAGCCUGAUAUCACUGCUCCUGGAGUGAAUAUCCUGGCUGCUUGGUCCAAGGUUGCACCACUCAUAAGUGACUCAGGGGAUACACGGUUCGUGGAUUUUAACAUAAUUUCUGGAACAUCCAUGGCCUGUCCUCAUGCCACAGCAGCUGCAGUCUAUGUCAAGUCCUUUCAUCCUGAUUGGUCUCCUGCUUCUAUUAAGUCCGCUCUCAUGACCACAGCUCAUCCUUUGAAUGAUAAGCUCGGUGGCAAUGAAGAUGCAGAAUUUGGAUAUGGCUCUGGCCUCAUUGAUCCAGUGAGGGCCAUGGAUCCAGGGCUUGUGUAUGAUGCAGAUGUAAAUGAUUACAUCAACAUGAUGUGCAGCCAAGGUUACAACACUACAGCAUUGCGUUUAGUUACAGGAGACAAUAGUGUAUGCUUUUCCAAUGUAACUAAAAAUAAACUUAGAGGAGUGAGGCAACUCAACUAUCCUUCCAUGAUGGUUCUUCCUAAGGAAAACACAUCAUAUUCUGUAAAAUUUCCCAGAACAGUGACUAAUGUAGGAGCUGCAGAUUGUACAUACCAGUCUGUGAUAAUUGAACCCUCUGGAGUGGAUGUGGAGGUAACACCAGAUACCCUGUCUUUCACAUCCCUCAACCAAAAGUUGUCUUUUACUGUGAAAGUUAGCGGUGAAGGUCUACCUGUGGAAACCAUGCUAGCAGGUGCAUUAACUUGGAACUGUGGCAAAUACAGUGUAAGAAGCCCAAUUGUUGUAUAUCCCCCUUUUGUUAGGCGCAGGGGAUCUUAGUUUGAUUAUUAUUUCUAUUAAUGAUUUAUUAUCAUUCGUGUUUUUUAUUAUUGAAAAAAAUGUAAAAAUUGACUGCAAUAAGUAGACAGUCAACAGAUUGCCAAAGGGAACUCAAAGAAAACAGUCGAGAAAAACAUAAAACACAUUGCAUACUGCCCAUAAUUGUUUAUCAUCAUUCUUGUUGAUGACAGGUCACUCUUUUGAUAAAGAUUUAUUGACGGGUCACUCUUUGGGUAGACAAUUAUUAUCAUUCAUCAUGACAUUGGAUUGCAAAGAAAGAGACCAAGUUUAGAUUCAAUUUUUAUUCAGUUUAUUUUGUGCAAAAAUACCUUCUUACAAUAAUUUAUGAUUUCAUGAACAUAAAAAU